CUCUCGGGGGCUGGUGUCACUGGUCAUUCCUGAACAGGACCACCCACUAUGGCCUCAGACCACCAGACCCAAGCGGGCAAGCCACAGCCCCUCAACCCCAAGAUCAUCAUCUUUGAGCAGGAGAAUUUCCAGGGCCACUCGCAUGAGCUCAGCGGGCCCUGCCCCAACCUGAAAGAAACUGGCGUGGAGAAGGCAGGCUCUGUCCUGGUGCAGGCUGGACCCUGGGUGGGCUAUGAACAAGCCAACUGCAAGGGUGAGCAGUUUGUGUUCGAGAAGGGCGAGUACCCCCGCUGGGACUCAUGGACCAGCAGUCGGAGGACGGACUCCCUCAGCUCCCUGAGGCCCAUCAAAGUGGACAGCCAAGAGCACAAGAUCAUCCUCUACGAAAACCCCAACUUCACGGGGAAGAAGAUGGAAAUCAUAGACGAUGAUGUGCCCAGUUUCCAUGCCCACGGCUACCAGGAGAAAGUGUCGUCGGUGCGGGUACAGAGUGGCACGUGGGUCGGCUACCAGUACCCUGGCUAUCGCGGCCUGCAGUACCUGCUGGAGAAGGGAGACUAUAAGGACAGCGGGGACUUCGGGGCUCCCCAACCCCAGGUGCAGUCCGUGCGCCGCAUCCGCGACAUGCAGUGGCACCAACGGGGCGCCUUCCACCCCUCCAGCUAGUGCCCCCCUUUUCCUCCUUCCCAGGGGCUUGGUCUGUUGCCCAGGAUCCCCCCCCAGACCUCCUGGCGAGUGAAUAAAGUGUGACUUGCAA